AUGGCAGGAGCUUUGAUUGGAGAGGCUUUUCUCUCCGCUUCCAUUCAGACGCUGUGCGACAAGAUUGCUUCUGGGGAGUUCAUGGACUUCUUACGGGGAAAAAAGCUUGACCAUUCACUCUUGGAGAAACUGAAGCUGACUUUUCUGACCCUCGAUGCAGUGCUCGAUGAUGCAGAGGAGAAGCAAAUUGAGAAACCUCGUGUGAGAAAGUGGCUCGACGAGCUCAAACAUGCCGUCUUCGAUGCCGAGGACCUUCUGGCUGAGAUCGAUACUGAAGUUUUGCGAAGCAAGGUGGAAGCUGAUGAAUAUCAAACCAAAAAGACGUCCCAGGUGUGGAACUUCCUCUCUACUUCUUUUAGUCCUUUUUGUCAAGGCAUGAAUGGUAGGAUACAAGAGUUAUUCCAAAGGUUAGAACAUCUUGCCAAACAAAAAGAUCUCCUUGGUCUUGUAGGAGGUGUUAAGGAGAAUGUUUCUCAAAGAAAACUCACAACUUCCCUUGUUGAGCAUGAAUUUAGUCCUUGUGGUAGGGACGGGGAUAAAGAAAAGUUGACAAGGUUGUUGCUAUCUGAUGAUACAAUUAGUAGCAAUAACGUAUCCGUACUCGCCAUAGUUGGGAUGGGGGGAGUUGACAUAAGGAAAUUGAUUAAUUUGCGUCAUCUUGAUAUCAGUGGAACUUGUAUAAAAGAGAUGCCGGUGCAAAUGUGUAGACUAAAAAGUUUGAGAACAUUGACUGCUUUUGUGUUGGGGGAAUCUACUAGGUCGGGUGGCAUUGGUGAACUGGGGCAAUUGUCGAACCUUCGAGGAAAACUAUCUAUCUUGAAUCUGCAAAAUGUCGUCAAUCAUAUGGAUGCUUUGGGGGCCAAUUUGAAGGAUAAGAAAGAUCUCAACGAAGUAGAGUUGGCAUGGGGUCGUGAGGAUGCAAAUGAUUCCGUAAAAGAGAGACAUGUACUUGAAAGCCUACAACCUUCCGUAAAUCUGGUGAAGCUCACCAUCAGAUUUUAUGGUGGAACCAGCUUUCCGGAUUGGUUGGGGGACUCCUCCUUCUCCAACAUACAAGUCAUGCGUCUCAGCGAAUGUAGUACCUGCCUGUCAUUGCCACCAGUUGGGCGGUACCCGCUCUCGAAGAGCUCUAUAUAG